CAACAAAAACAACGAAAAUCACCACAAAGUUGGCCAACAUUUUUGGCCAUUUGCAGUGUAUACCUCUGUUGCCUGAUGCACAUUACCUCCGCACAUGUGGCGCUAACAUAUCCACCUGCACGAAAAUACGAUUUAGAUUUUUUGGAUAAUUCACGUACCAAAGGACCAUGCGGUAUGCCGAAAGGUUCCAUAAGAACGUCACUCUUGGCUGGCACCAAAUUUAAUGUAACAUGGCAUUUGGCAUAUCCCCACAGGGGAGGUUUUCGUCUACAAUUAUUGGAUAACUUUGAGAGGCCAAUGAUUGAGUUGACUCCGCAAGUCGAUGGCAAUGGAUUCCUUAAACACGAUUUCACGGCUCAAAGCUAUGAGGUCUCACUUCCCGCUGACAUGGAAUGUCGCAACUGUUCCAUUCGUCUGCUGCGUCAAGCUGUGGAAUGGUCCACCGAUUAUCUUUUCUGGUCUUGUGCUGAUAUUGAUAUUCUCACUCGCAAAGAUUUCAGAGAAACGUGCUCCGGCAAUGGCAAAUACUUCCCUUCACGUUGUAAGUGUGAAAAGGGUUUCUAUGGACCCCAGUGCCAAUAUAGAGAUGAGUGUACCGCUAAUGCCGAUUGUGGUAUCCAGGGAAAAUGUAUUGACAUAAAAGGAACCACAUUGCCACGAAAACAAUGUUUCUGUAAUUUCGGUUGGUUUGGACCGGGUUGUAAUAAGAGAUCACCCUACAAAACAACUGAAAUGGACUUAUCUGCAUACUCGAUGAAACAAUUGUCACCCGAUUAUCGGAUGUAUUGGCGUUUGCUGGAGGAACAAAAGGAAAUAGAAAUUGUAUUGAAAGUAAACAGUACAACAUGGGUCGGUGUUGGCUGGAGACCACGAUCAUCGACUAAGGAAUGUAAAAAUUUCCCCUUAAUUCGUGAUAUUGGAGACUUGACCACAACUAUCGAAAGCUCCGGCUCCGCUUCUGCUGAACCAGAACCAAAAUCCGAACCCGAGCCGUCAUCAGAACCUGAACCUAAAUCCGAACCUGAACCAUCCUCUGAACCUGAACCUAAAUCCGAACCAGAGCCUUCUUCGGAGCCUGAGCCUAAAUCUGAACCAGAACCCUCAUCUGAACCUGAAUCCAAAUCAGAACCAGAACCUCAAUCGGAGCCGGAGCCAAAAUCCGAACCCGAACCUACUUCAGAACCUGAACCUAAAUCUGAACCUGAACCCAAGUCUGAACCUGAACCAAAAUCCGAACCGGAACCUACUUCUGAACCUGAACCCACAUCUGAACCGGAACCGAAAUCGGAACCAGAACCUUCAUCAGAGCCGGAACCCAAAUCGGAACCAGAGCCAUCAUCUGAACCUGAGCCUAAAUCUGAACCAGAACCAUCAUCUGAACCUGAGCCAAAAUCUGAACCAGAACCAUCCUCUGAACCUGAGCCAAAAUCCGAACCAGAACCAUCAUCGGAACCUGAACCAAAAUCCGAACCAGAACCAUCAUCGGAACCUGAACCAUCCUCGGAACCGGAGCCUAAAUCUGAACCAGAACCAUCCUCGGAACCUGAGCCUAAAUCUGAACCAGAACCUUCAUCUGAGCCGGAACCAAAAUCAGAACCAGAACCUUCAUCAGAACCGGAACCCAGAUCAAACGGUAGACCAAAACCUAAGCCAUUCUCAAAACCCCAACAAGAGCCCUCUGCUGAACCUGAACCAAAAUCUGCACCUAUCAAACAAAAUGUAGCACCAGUAAAGAAGAAUCCAGAUGCCAAGUACAAAUUGAAUCCCUAUACUCCCCGACACGACUUUAAUCCCAUGGACUGUACCGAUGUUGUCAUUGGUACUGCACGAGACAUGUAUAGCCGAAUUGGCGAUUAUUACAGCAGAGAUAGAUCCACUCCACGUCUUGACGAAGUAUUUGGCGGUAAACAAGAUUUGACCCUAGCUACUGGCUACGAAAAGGACGGCGUCACCACAAUUAUAUUCCGCAAAAAAAUAACUGCAACCGAACCCACCGAUCACUCCCUGACUGAUGGCUUAACUCAUGUAAUUUGGGCCAGGGGUCAGGAAUUCGACAAAUAUGUUCAUGUACCACCCUCAGGUAUGGAAGCUGAUAUGGAUUCGAUGAAAGAGUUCUAUUACCAGGAUGAAUUGAAAUAUCAUGGUCAUAAUAUGCAACGCGGUGUUGCCCUAAUCAACUUCUUCGAAAAAGAAAAGCCCAAAACAAUCGAUGGGGAACCGGAUGAAUCAGCAAAUGUUUUGGACAAUGAUUGCUAUGGUCACUGGAAAUAUCCCGCAAAUUGUUCGCCACAGAAUCACACAUGCGAAUACUAUGCCUCGUGGGAGACCAUUGGACGUGGCGAUGAAAUGCGUUGGCACAUUGAAACUAGCAAUACCCAAACAUGGACCGGUAUUGGUUUCAGUAACGAUGAGAAGAUGUCCCAAACGGAUUCCAUCAUCGGUUGGGUUGAUCGCAAUGGACGUCCAUUCCUAAUGGAUACCUGGAUAAAUGGAUACUCUUCGCCCAAAUUGGAUGAUCGUCAAGAUCUUUACAAUGCCGAAGGUCGCAUUGAAAAGGGUGUUACAAUUUUGGAAUUUACCCGCAAACGUAUUAGUAAUGAUCCACAGGAUCUAUCAUUUACCGAUGAUCAUUGUCUCUAUCUGUUCUUCCCCGUUUUGGGUGGGGCAUUCAAUGCUGUCAACAAAAAAAUAAGGAAACAUGAAAAUAUUCCAGUCGUGUCGCCAAUUCGUGUUUGCAUCAAAUCUUGUGGAAAGGAAUUGUUAGAUGUCAGUAACGCUCCAACAACACCGGCACCAAAUCGUUUAGUAUACGCCGUUGGUGUUAAGCUGAUGAAUCUUGCGGAAUCCUUUGAAGCUCCGGCUCCUGGUACAGACGAAUUUAAAACAUUGGCUGCUACAAUUUCGGAUUCAUUCAAUGGAGUUUUGAACAACAUACCAGGCUAUUAUAAAACAGAUAUUUUAGGUUUUGAAAAGGAUGGCGCUACAUCGAUGAUUGCUAAAUUGCAAGCCAUGUUCGAUAAGGAUGACUACGAAAAGGGUUAUGCUGUCACAACAAACAAUAUUCCAUUGGAAGAGUCCAUGAAGAAUGGCGAAGUUAUUGAAAUGGCCCUCAGAGAAACAAUCGCCUCAGGCAAAGUUGGUUCACUGACCGUUGAUCCACAAUUUUUGGAUUUCAAAGCCUUGGAAUAUAAAUCAAUUUCCGAUUCCGACGAUGUUAAAUUGUCAUUCUUCGAAUUGUCGGAAGUACGUCUGUAUAUUGUAUUGGGUCUAAUCGCUGCUUUGGUUUUCAUAGCAUUGAUUCAAGCCUCGUGCACCAUAUACAAGACAUCGCGAAAGAAUAAAUCGAAUAAGGAAAAUCUAAUCCAAAAUUCAGCAUGGAAAGAAUAUUCAUCGAACACAAACUAUGCCUUCGAUCCAUAUGGUGAAACCGAAGAAAAGAACGGCAACGGUACAUCGCAUAAAGACAAAUCUUCCCGUAAUCGUCCGUCCAGCAGUCAACAGACCACAUUACAAAUGUCCCAUUCGCCCACCAACAAAUCACAAAUGUACAAUGGCAAUGCAGGCAGCAAUGGCAACAGUACCCAAGAAUAUCGCAGCAAUGGUCGCUCACAUCGUAGCGAUCGCGAAAGAAAUGGUCACGGCCAUAACAAUGAUCAUCAGACCGCAUCGGCGUCCUAUUCGCGCGGUGGUGGCAGUUCGUAUGCCGAUCGAGCCUAUUCGCUGCCUCGUCAACAACAUAUGCAACAGCAAGCAAAUAUGCAACCUUCGGGGUAUUAUACACAAGAUCGACGUGAUCGUAGUGGCCAUAGAAAUGGCGCCCAAUAUCGUGAUCGAUCACGUGAAGAUCCACGCUUAGUGUCGAAUGGUGGUGCCGAUACACCUGACUUUUAUUUUAUGCCAUCACAGCGUAAAUAUUCGGGUGAAGUGGUACGUGUCUAUGUAGAUUAUAACAAGGAUCCAAAACAUUAAAUGUUGUCUGCAAAUAGAAGUGGUGCGUUGAG